AUGCCGGGCUGCCGCAUCAGCGCCUGCGGCCCAGGGGCCCAGGAAGGGACGGCAGAACCGGGGUCGCCCCCGCCGCCACCCCGGGAGACCCUGCCGUCCCUCCAGCCCCCUCCCCCAUCGCCGACCUCGACUCCGACCCCCACUCAGUCACCGCCGUUACCCGAGGCGGCCGAGACACCCGUGGAAGGGCAGGAGCUGCAGCGCUGGCGCCAGGGUGCUAGUGGGGGGUCUGGGGGCGCGGGCCCGGCAGGGAUCGGGGGCGCGGGCGCGGCGGCAGGGGCAGGGGGCCGCGCGCUGGAGCUGGCCGAAGCGCGGCGGCGACUGCUGGAAGUGGAGGGCCGCCGGCGCCUGGUGUCGGAGCUGGAGAGCCGGGUGCUGCAGCUGCACCGAGUCUUCUUGGCUGCCGAGCUGCGCCUGGCGCAUCGCGCCGAGAGCCUGAGUCGCCUGAGCGGCGGCGUGGCCCAGGCCGAGCUCUACCUGGCUGCGCACGGGUCGCGUCUCAAGAAGGGUGCGCGCCGCGGUCGCCGGGGUCGGCCCCCCGCGCUGCUGGCGUCAGCGCUCGGCCUGGGGAGCUGCGUGCCCUGGGGCGCAGGGCGGCUGCGGCGCGGCCAGGGCCCCGAGCCGGACUCGCCCUUCCGCCGCAGCCCGCCCCGCGGCCCCGCCUCCCCCCAGCGCUGA